AUGCACACCCAAACCCUCCUCGUCGGCCUCGUUGCCGCCCUUGCCAUGACCGUCUCCGCAGCCCCCACUCCCACCGCCUCCUCCUCCGGAAUGCCGCAAAGGGGCGGCGGCAGCAGCAACCAACGUCAAAAGGAUAAAUCUCGAAAGGACAAACGAUCCCCCGGCGAGGAAGAGUUCGAGAUAAUCGACGGCAACGAGCUUAAUGACAGCGAUGAUAUCGUGCCACCGCCGAAGAUGAGGAGGAGGAGUCCCGGUGGUGGUGGGAUGGGCGGUGGCGAUAAGAAGGGGGGUCAUGGAGGACCUGGCGGAUCUGGUGGCCCUGGUGGACCUGGUGGAUCAGGUGGGCCAGGUGGAUCAGGUGGACCGGGCGGGCCGGGCGGGAAAGGGGGACAUAAGGGGUCUGGUGGAAGGGUGGUGGCCAGAAGGGUGGACCUGGUGGACACGGUGGAUCGGGUGGAAAAGGUGGACCGAAAGGUGGUCAAGGCGGAUCUGGUGGACCAGGCGGACCGGGCGGAACUGAUGGACCGGGUGCGGGUGGACCAGGUGCAGGAGGACCUGGUGCAGGAGGACCUGGCGCAGGGGGACCUGGCGCAGGAGGACCUGGCGCAGGAGGACCUGGUGCGGGUGGACCUGGCGCAGGAGGACCUGGUGCGGGUGGAUCUGGCGCAGGAGGACCUGGCGCAGGAGGACCUGGUGCGGGUGGACCAGGUGCGGGUGGACCAGGUGCAGGAGGACCUGGCGCAGGAGGACCUGGCGCAGGAGGACCUGGUGCAGGAGGAUCGGAUGGAGCUGAUGCAGCAGAGGGACCGGAUGGAGCUGAGCCAGCGGGUGGGGCAGGUGGUAGCGAUUAAAGGCAGAGUCAGAGACUGA